UUACACUCAGGAAGUGGCAGAUAUGUCAGCAUUUUUGUCGCGUAAACUGCACCAACAAGACUUGGACAAAACAAAAAAACAAGUAUUUCUCUAUAUGAUCCAGGACAACAUUAUGACCAGUCUCUAGUUGACGUGACUUAAUAACAUCACAGGCACAAGAUGAGCGCCACCCUCGCUGUGCCCUGCACCGUGAAAACUCCAGUCGCUCUUCAGCUAGGCGAUUCCAAAUCUGACACAUCACGUCCAGGGGUCUACAUCAUAGAUGUCACCUUACCAAUUGGUCGGACUGUUAACAUAGAAGAACUGUGCUUCAAGAACUUCUACACAGCCUUCCUGACAGUGCGACUGCUGAGGAGGGGGUCAAGGGAGCAGGAGGGGCCAGCCCGCUGGGUCACCUGUGUGAGGGACCGCCGCCUGAUGCCCAGCCCACACUCAGAGGAGGCCUCCCAGGACUACUUCUCUAUCCACAGGCGACAGAUGCUGGUGAAGCCAGACAACGUGGGCUCCCUGAGACUGAUCCUGAGACAGCCGUCUUCUGUCUGGCUCAGCUUCACUCUGGAGGAUGUCAGGAUCGUGCCUCACAUCAAAGAGGAUCCAGAGAAGGAGGCUCCUGAUUGGUUGUCUGACCUAACACAUGUGGACCAACAUUCCAAUUUAGAGGGACUUCCCAAUCCUCAGACAGUGUCCUCCAGCAUCCAGCAGAUGUGGGCGUUAACUGAGCUCAUGCAGACCAAUCAGACCACUGCUUCUAUUGGACGCUUUGAUGUGGAUGGCUGCUAUGACAUCAACUUGCUGUCCUUCACAUAACAGAGUGAGAGAGGAGAGGAAUGGCUGACCGACACAACCACAGACUUCAAUCAUACACCCCUCCCCCACACACACACACACACACACACACACAAACACACACACACUUACACCCACAUUCUCACAGUCUAUCAACAGUAAUAACAGGUUAGAUGUGUUCAGCCUGUCUGGCUGGCUUUUGGCACUUUUACUCUGCAAUCUUACAAAUCAUAAACUUGAAUUGUAAUAAUAUUGUAUUAUCAUAACAAACAUGUCAUAUAUUUCUACAGUGGUUAGAUAAGCUAUUUGAUUGUAAGACAUACUAAUGAACAUGUUGACAGCCUGGCCAGCAGGGGGCAGCAGAGAGAAUGCAUGUUAUUAUCUUAAUCAUGGUGGUACUGAUCUAUAAUAUGCAAUGCAGUUUCAUGCAACAUAAAUGUAGGAACUGUAUUAUGUUGUUGUGGAUGUGAAGGGCAUCGUGAAGUUGACUUUCAGUCUUAAUGAUAGAAGAUUGACAAUAUAAGAAUCAGUAGUAUAAUAUAAAUGACUAAUUAAAGUUAAU